UUUCUUUCUUUUUUUUUUCCUUUAAACUUUUAUAAAAGUUCUUGAUUUUAACACGAUAUCUCUGCUUUUACCUCAGUAUGACUUAUGGGUACUUUGCACAGCACUGGUUGAGAAAACACUGGUUGGUGACUGCAACGUCUGUCCACGACCCAAAUCCUCCAAGUCAAAUAAAACUCUUUGAGCCUACCUGUCGUACUCUGUGGGCGCUGCCAACAGAUGGGAUGUCCUCCGCAAUCUCCAGCAGGGAAAGUCUUCGUACCUCCCCGUCCCUCUGCCUGCAGCCUGCAGCCUGCUGCCCGGUGACUGGUCCCAGCAGAGCGGCGGUGGUGAAAGGUUGCGGUGCUCAGAGGACCGGCAGCCGGCGGCUACCAGCACAUCAGUCGGUACAGGACCACGUAACUCCAACCGGUGUCUGCUAGCUCGUCAACCAAAGUCUCCGCAGCGUUUUUCUUCUUUGCUUUUAUUUUACCGACACUUUGAGUUUCAUCUACGGAUGUUGGGAGUAGAGUUGGAUAACAUGUGAAGAAUGUUCCAGAAUUCUUAAAGACACACUGAGGGCUGAGUACGAUAACUGAUCUCCUUUGAUGUUGUACAUACACCUGGUCCCAUGGCUGGUCUUGUGAUGUCUGAAGUAACACUGCUCAGGUGUACAUUUCUCUUCCUCUACUUGACUGUGUGCAUGUGCCAGCAUGACUGCACUGGUGUGGACUGUCCCCAGCUGGACAACUGUAUCGAAGAAGUGCUGGAGAGUGGCGCCUGUUGCGCUUCAUGCCUACAAAAAGGAUGCACAUGUGAGGGCUACCAAUAUUACGACUGCAUCAAUGCUGGAUUCAAGAAUGGUAAAGUGCCUGAGGGAGACUCUUACUUUGUUGACUAUGGCAGCACAGAGUGCUCCUGUCCUGCAGGAGGGGGCCGGAUCAGCUGCAGCUUCAUCAGCUGUCCUGAUUUACCGCCAAACUGCAUCCAUGUUUCAGAGCCUGCAGACGGUUGCAUGCAGUGUGAACGUAUAGGAUGUGUUCAUGAUGGGCAGAAGUAUGAGGCUGGACACUCCUUCCACAUCGACUCCUGCCGAGUCUGCCACUGCCCCAAAGAAGGGGGGAAGCUGAUGUGCUACCCUGUGCCAGAUUGUGAUCCGCAAAAGGUCCAGAAACCAAUGUUAGUUGCACCAACAGGGGAGGACAGCAGGGGCAGCAGCUACCCUGACAGGUUUGUUCAACAGGGGCACCGGGAUCCGUCCACACCAUAUGGCCAUCUUCUGGAUAACCCUAAUGGGAACCUUCCUCUUUUCAAAUUGGACGAGGAGGAGCCAGAAGAAUAUGAUUAUGGCCCUACAGACUUUCCAGAGACCUACCCUCAAUCUCCAGUCUUCCCCACCCCGUCCUCCUCCUCCAAGAGGAUUAUCUCUGUGUCCCAAGGUUCUGACAGACCUGACACAACCUCAGCUCUUUCAAGCUUUGGUGGACCAAACAAACUGGAGCUGAGAGAGCGAUAUGGAGUUCACGACCAUCCUACAGACGGAGAGGAAGUGACAGAAACUCCUCUGAAAGUAGAGCAGAGUACUGUCAGGACACAUAUACACAAGGGUGCUACUACUUCUUGGCAGCCCUCACAGGGGCUAACAAGCAUCUCAUUCAGUGAUCUUACCGCACAAACAGAUUUUGAGAAUCCACUGUAUACAGUCAAAAGUUCAGAUAGUGUCAUAUUUCCACUAAACCAAGGAUUUGGGCCUGAACAACACCCAGAUUAUUCACAUAUGAUUUCAGAGAGUACAGUUUAUCAUCAAGCAGACGAUAAAUCUAAGACACAUCACCAAAAUGCAACAGAUAGUGUCACACCCACAGGCUCAGCGAGUCAGAUUGACAUUAAUUCUACUGAGAGAGGUACAGACAGUCAAACCAUUCAGCAGAGACGAUUUGAUAGAAUCGACUUUUCAAUGAACGACCCAGAGAGCCUAGUUCAUCCCCAGGCAAGUUCAGAUGAUCAGAAAGAAUUACAAGGGACAGUCACACCAGACCAUGUGGAAGGAGUGGAUGGAGAAGAAACUGAAGGGGAUGAGAAGAAGAAGGAAAUAGUAUUUCAUCACUUCACUGGGGGACAUGAAGGGGGGGACAUACCCUUCAAGGUAAAGUCAGCACAAGAGAGAAACCAUGAGGAGUCAGAGAGCAGCAGCUACAAAAAGACCACAGCCAAACCCAGCACCAUCUCCCCCAGGAGGCCUGAGUACCUGACAACCCCCAUGGUCCAUUUCAUUACCACCACUACCCAGCUGCCAGUAGGGUCCACACUGGACACUGAGCCCAGCCGAAAACCAGGCCAGACGCUGUUUAACCUUCACAGUGAGGACAAGGAAGAGGUGACUGAGAAAGAGGAGGAGAGGAAAAAUCACCCUAAUAAGUUUGUCCAACCUGAUGGAGGUCCAGGGAGUUCUGCUGAAGACCUUCUGCAAAGCUGCUGUGCUGCUGGCCAGAAAUGGGCCACAGAAAAUCAUCACUGCAACCACAUGUCACUGUUCAAUUCUGACAAGCACUCCAUAUGCAGUGUGGCAGCAAGACAAUGCUGCCUCAGUUCUGUGAAGGACAGCCAAUGUGAAUCAGGCAUGAUCUCAGCCAGAGGAGGGGGCACUUGUGAAGUGGACGAGGAGCAGCAGUGCACGGAUAACUCCUACCAGGUGUGCUGCAGCUGCUGUGCCCUUGGCUUAUGGGUGCGCAGUGAAAGACGUCGUUGCGAUGCCCACCAGUACCUUGGCUACCCUUGUGGUCACAUCUUCCUGACCUGUUGUGAAGAAGAGGACAGUCCAAGCCAGAUCCCUCUGAGGAGGAUGCAAAUGCCCAGACCAACCUCUUUGCCCAGAAAAGUAUCAGACAGCAAGUUCCCCAAGGAGGCCUUCUCCAUCAGUGCCACAAAUGAAGCUGUCAAUGCGGUGGAAGAGCAUUACGAUGUGGAUGAGUGUCAGCUUUAUUUGGGCCAGCUGUGCCAGCAUACAUGCACUAACAUCCGGGGCUCCUAUCGCUGUGGCUGCCACCAGGGCUACAUCCUGCAGCAGGAUGGACAAUCCUGUGCACCAGUGAGUCCUGAGGAGGACAGCAGAGUCAAAGGAGACAGUCGCACUUUGGUCCCAACACAAACGACUGCUGCCACCACGACAACCAGUACAACCACCACCAGCCCUGCACGCCUCAAGCCCUGUACAGGAAAUGGUCUUUGCAGUCAGCAGUGUACAACAGUGGCAGGCAGCGCCCGCUGUUCCUGCUUCCCAGGGUUCUCACUGAUGACAGAUGGACAUAUGUGUGAAGAUGUGGACGAGUGUGCCACCAACACCCACAGCUGUCGGCCCAGAGAGCACUGUGUGAACACAGUGGGUUCAUUUGUAUGUGAGCAGCAUGUCACUUGUCCUGCAGGCUACCACCUGAGGAACAGUGUUUGCCAGGACAUUGAUGAAUGUGUCCAGCAGUCCCAUAACUGUGAAUUGGGUUUUGUGUGUGAGAACACAGUGGGCUCUUUCCUGUGUAAUCCCAAAAAUAAAUGUAUCAGCGGCUUCACUCAGGACUCCCAUGGCAACUGUAUCGACGUAAAUGAAUGCAGCGGCCCGAAUGAGCCGUGCAGCUCAGGCUUCAACUGUAUCAACACAGUGGGCUCCUACACAUGCCAGAAGAAAAUCGUAAUGUGUAGCCAUGGCUACCACUCCAGCCCUGAUGGAGCCAAGUGUGUUGACAUUGAUGAGUGUCAGAUGGGGACGCACCGCUGUGGAGCCGGCCAGAUCUGUCACAACCUCCCUGGCAGCUACCGCUGUGACUGUCAGACAGGCUACCAGUAUGAUGCCCUCCGCAAAGUCUGCACUGAUGUAAAUGAAUGCUGGCGGUAUCCUGGCAGGCUAUGUGCCCAGACCUGUGAAAACACCCCAGGCUCCUACCGCUGUUCAUGCACAGCCGGCUUCUCCCUAGCAUUUGAUGGCAAGAACUGUGAAGAUAUAAAUGAAUGUGACAAAAACCCCUGUAGCCAAGAGUGUGCUGACAUCUACGGCUCAUAUCAGUGCUACUGUCGCCAAGGCUACUUCCUGAAAGAGGACGGACACACCUGUGAAGACAUCGAUGAAUGCUCCCAGAGCAUCGGGAACCUUUGUACCUUCAAGUGCCUUAAUGUUGCCGGCAGCUAUCAGUGUUCCUGUCCUCCUCAUGGAUAUGUUAUGUCUGCCAACGGACGUACCUGUAGAGAUAUUGAUGAAUGUAAAACUGCCACCCACAACUGUUCAUAUGGACAGAUGUGCUAUAACCUCCAGGGAGGUUUCAGAUGUAUCUCCCUUGACUGCCCUCACAACUAUAACAAAGUGUCGGACACACGCUGUGAGCGGACCAGCUGUCCCAGCAACUCCUUAGAGUGUCAAAACUCCCCUGCUCGCAUCACACACUACCAGCUCAGCUUCCAGACCAACAUCAUUAUUCCUGCCCAGAUCUUCCGAAUUGGACCAUCGCCAGCCUAUUCUGGCGAUCACAUCUCCAUCAAUAUCAUCAAGGGCAAUGAGGAGGGCUACUUCAGCACCAGGAAGCUUAACAGUUUCACAGGCGCUCUCUACGUCCAGAGACAGGUCCGUGAGCCCAAAGACUUUCUGAUAGAUUUGGAGAUGAAGCUGCUGAGGCAGGGGAUGUUCACCUCAUUCCUCGCCAGGAUUCAUGUCUUUGUCACAUCUAGCAACAUGUAAUACCAGAGAGAAAAAGACAGAGAGAUGGACUGGAAAUUUCAUAUGGUGCCAAACUUUAUAUGUGCAGACUCUUUUUGGAAUGCUCCUACACAAUCAAGCAUUAUUCAAGAAUCGUGUAAACUGUUGCCAAAGACCUUACUGUUUGCUUUUUGUUUUUUGGCAGGUUAUCCGCAUUUGUAUUUACCAAAGUUUUUUUCAGUUUCACUCUUGACUCCAGCAUAAAUUAGUGUUAGCUUGUCUGCUCGAGCUGUUGGUAUGCGCAUACAGUGGCAAGGUGCUGCACUGGUCACUAUGCAUGUCUGGGUGUGUGGUUUGCGUUCUGCUACACUCCCCUCAAGAAUUACCUCCCUAACUGUUCAUUUUUAAUUAGUCAUGACAGUCUGAAGAAAACUAAUAAACCUUUGCAGCACUAGAAUUUAAGCGCACUUGUUGCUGUGGAGGACCAACACUGAUAAAAUGUAAAGUCUAUCUGACAAGUCAGAAACACAACUAAAUGCUACAUCAGUUAAAUCAGGACUGUCCAAAUUGGGGCCAAAGUGUUUCUAGCAAAAAAUAAAUACAUACAUUAUUUU